GAAAACCUGACGGCAUGAGCUUUAAUUGAAGAUUCCGACGACGCCUUGGUGAUGAAUUUUGGUGCUGCUACGGUGACUCCUCCUCCUCUGGCUGCUACUGCUGCUGCUGCCAUCGUCCAAUUUUCGAUUCGAGCUUUCCGAAGCUCCACGUCGAUCUCUUUGGCGAUGUUCUUGUUUUUAUGUGCUCAAACUCAAACAAAUAUCUUCUCUUGGGCCUGGCCAUGUGAAUUGGGUUCGAUUUGGGCUUUAAGCCAUACCAAAGAUCUGCCCCUCUCUCUCUGCUCUGCAGUCAGCAUGUUGCUGGGUUGGGUACUUGGGUUGGAGUGUUGACUCUGGAGGUUGGUAUCUUGGAAAAUAGCAGCAAUUUUAGUGAUGAUUGCUGAGAAUAAGGAGGUUGCGUUGGUCAGUGGAGUGUGCACCAGUCUGACCUAAAGACUACCAAAGUUGAAUUUGAAGUAGUUGAGGAAGAAGACGACGAAGAAGACAUUGAUUCACACUAUCCCGGCCUCUAUAUUAAAAAUAACGCCGGCAAAGAGGAAACUGACUGGAUACUAAACUAUUUCCCAGUCUUGGAUUCCAUAUUGGCAGAUAGUGCCGCCAUUAAAAUAUAUAUAUACGGAUAGAUCUGUCUGCUCUGGUUCCCAGGCCCCUACCUCCCCUACCUUAUCCAUGGCUUCCUUCCUCUGUUCCACAAACUUCUUCCUCCUCCUCCUCCUUGUCUCCGCUGUUCCUAUUGCUUAUGUCAUUCAUUCCGAGACUUCGGGGCGCUCCACUCACGUCUACGAGUUCCACAGCAAUGGAUGGCUCCGCGAGUGUACCAAAUGGGACGAUGUCAACGAUCGCUUCCUCGUCUCUUUCAUGGAGGGCGGACUUGGGGUAGUUCCGGUGAAGGAGGAUGGCCAGGUUCUGGAGGAGGUUCCGGUUGUCGACAACGCAGGCUUGGGGAAGAAUUCGUCCCUCGGGAUCUUCAUCGACCGGCCGAGGAAUCGCGUGCUCGUCGCGAUCGCCGAUGUGUUUGGGAGCAAGUACAGUGCGGUGGCGGCGUAUGACUUGACCACGUGGAGUCGGCUGUUCCUCACCCAGCUUAGCGGAUCAGAGGGUGAAAAGGGAUUUGCAGACGAUGUAACUGUGGAUACAGAGGGCAACUCCUACAUCACUGACACAAAGGGAAACAAGAUUUGGAAGGUUGGAUUAAAUGGAGAAUUACUGAACACCAUCGGAAAUCCCCUCUUUUCUGCGAAAGAAUGGUACUCCAACUUGGUUGGCCUCAAUGGAAUUGUCUACCAUCCCAAUGGGUACUUACUAGUCAUCCAUACUUUCUCUGGAACACUGCUCAAGGUUGAAAUAGGAAAGGGUGAUGAGGUCAAGGUUGUUAAUGUUACUGGAGGUUCUUUAAGAAUGGGGGAUGGAUUGGUGCUGUUAUCUCCAACCCAGAUAGUGGUUGCUGCAAACCCUUCAAGGCUAGUCGAAAGCAGUGACGAUUGGGAGACUGCUCGAAUUGUGAGUAAGUUUUCUGGUGCUAGUCAUCGUUUAGUCACUGCAGCGACUGUGAAAGAUGGAAAGGUGUAUCUGAACCACAUGUUUGGAUUGGGGUAUCCGAAGAGAAAACAUGUUCUUGUCGAAGCUGUUUUUUCUUCGUAGAAUGAGGCCAGAACUUGUUUUUUUUUUAUCCUCUAUCUAUGUGCAUUUCCUCUUGUUGUUGCAAGGAUCUUCAUGUUAGGAUGGUUUAGUUGAGUUAUGGAUAAAACAAUGUAUGCCAAUUGGUACUGCAUACAUUCUUGCUUCUUCGA